AUGGACAAGAUCCCGCUCAACUACGAGGCGUCCGAGGGCGACACGCACAAGCGCCAGACGAGCUCGCUGCCCACCGAGGUGGUGCAAUGCCUCGAGAAUGCGCGAUUCCUUCACCUGGCAACAUGCACCGAUAACGUGCCCAACGUAUCCCUCAUGAACUACACCUACCUCCCCUCCUCGCCCUACUCGACCUCUCCCGUCAUCAUCAUGACCACCAAUCCGGCCUCUCGCAAGACGACCAACAUCACGACCAACCCAAACGUCUCUCUCCUGGUCCACGACUGGGUCUCUCACCGUCCUCCUACCCAAGGCCGCCGCCUGUCCGGCGGAUCCCCCGGCCCCGAAGCCCGAUCCAGCCUCGCCGCCCUGCUCCUCAACCUCAACACAUCCGCAAUGUCCAGCAUCAGCGCGACGAUAGGAGGUGCCGCGCGGAUAGCUCCUAUUGGGUCCGCCGAAGAGAAGUUCUACGUCGAGCAGCAUCUCGAGAACAACACCUUUGAGGAGGGCGUGCCUCUCUUCCAACCGCCGUCCAAUACCGAGAAUGCCGGAGGGCAUUUUGUGGCGGGCGAGGAGGUGCGCGUCAUUGUAGUCGAUAUCCAGAGGGUGAGGAUCAGCGAUUGGAAGGGAACUGUGAGGGACUGGGAGCUGGUUUCGGAUGCUCCAUUGCUCAAUGGUGGUGCUUAA